GCCACAUUUCACAGUCGCGAUGCUUCCCUCGCCUGCGGUCGCCGCCGGCGGCUUCCACUGCCCCUGUGGCCCUGUUCCGGAUGGAGAGCCAAUUCAGCGCCCCUCAUCUCUUCCGCCGGCGGGUCACCCUCAUGGUCGCCAAUGCGGAGGGCACCGGCAGUACGACCCCCACGAACCGCCGCCGCCGCCGUCUCGAGUUCGCCGCCGAACUCGUGGGGUGGGACUCUCGGUUGACGCCCGCCACCCAGGACUACGACCCGGACUCCGGCAACGAUCUGGUCAGCCCCACCCCCACCUGAUGCUUUCUCUCCCACCAUUAUUUUAAUCCAUGGCAAGCGUGUGCAUCAUCUUAGUUACACGCUCGAGCGGAUUGGCGUUUGGAUUGUGGGAUAUGGAGGUUGGGAUAGAGAUAUGAGAUAGGGUGGAAAUCGUAUCCUCUGUUUGCGACAUGACAGCGCGAUUGCAAGCUGAAUCAUCAAGAAUUGCAGCAACACGUGGAUGGUUGAGGAUACUUCGAUGCAAGCGAGAGCACGCAACCCUGAACCCAUCAGAUCGGAAUGCUUUGGAGCCUGGAGCGGCUGAGGCGAGCAAGUCAACUAGCUGUUCGUCCAUCCACAGACAACUUGCAGACCAGCUAGUGCAUCUUACGAUCUGGAUCAGAUUGCUAAUCUCGAUGCCCUUUCGCCCGUGCAAUCGAGCUUGCUAGCCAUAGUGCAGACAUGCCAGCGUUGUAAUCAAGCUCAAUGCUUGAUGAGAUUCUUGGCUUCGGUUGCUGCGCAUGAGCACGCAGUUGGUCACACCACACAUGAGAAUGAUUCCCUUUGUCUGCUGGUUGAGCUCUGCAGUUGCUUCAGCCUCUCUCGCUAUAUAAACAAGGAAGCUGAAGCCCACAAGAGACACCAUUGUAUAGCAGCUUGCCUUUGAUCUUGUCCUCUCUUCCAUUUCUAGCAGCUUCACAGCUUUCAUCAAUUCCAAGGAUGGCAUACCACCUGAGAUCUGCGAGCGUGCCUUCGAGCCCUCGCUCCAGCAAGACCGAUGUUGAGGAACAGCUGCAAAGCCUGAAGGCAGCCGUCUCAUUGCCUUCAGCGACCAUCGAUACCAUGGUCGAUGGUCUGAGCAAGCUUGGAAGCAUCUACAACUGCAUUGACGUGCUGCCCAGUAGCCAGAGGAAGGCAGUGGAGGAGGAGCUCGAGAGCUCCCUCGUCCAGCUCGACCUCUGCAGCGCCGUCCAAGAGAGCUUCGUGGAGCUCAAGGCCACUGUCCAGGAGAUGCAGUUGGCUCUCAAAAGAGGAGACGAUGCAGCUCUCCAGACCAGGGUUCACCGCUAUGUGCGCUUGGUCAAGAAGGCACAGAAGUUGUUCAAGAAGGUCAACAAUAAGACUUCUUCUGACAUCAAAGGAUGCAGGGUGAUCAACCUGGUUGCUGAAGCGAGGCAGAUUGCUGUGUCAAUCCUUGAAUCGACAUUGCAUCUCCUGUCAAAGCAAAUUGCAGUGCCAAGUUCUAGCAAGUGGUCGCUUGUCUCCAAGUCGCUCCAAAAGAAGAAAGUCCUGUGCGAGGCGGAUCAAUUGCAAGGGUUGGAACUGGACAUUGUUGAUCUUGAGAGCAGAGUUGGGACAUUGUUCAGGACGUUGAUCCAGAGCAGAGUGUCUCUUCUGAAUGCUCUUAGCUUGUAGACAGAUCAUACAACAACUCCGACCCCCUGCGAUUAGCAUCCGCCUUUUAGAGGAUUUGCUGAUCUUCCAAACAAUUUUGUAUGUACAGAUAUAUAUGUCAGAAAGUGUACAGAAAAUUACUCAAGUGAAAGGCAAAGUUUUUGGUCCAUUUUCUGUUGGUAGUUGGUCUUUCCCUGGUGGUUAAUUUUAUGGUCUGCAUCCUUGCCAGUGAUUCCGUUAUUUUUUACAUCAUGCAACGGCCAACAAAACUAUAACUAAGGUCAACAUCAUUAGAUUAGAGCUGUUAUGGAAAUACACGUUUUUGGUAUUCUGCAUCGGUAUGAGAAAAUGAGUUGGCCAUAAUAUUCUUGUUCACAUGAGAUGUGCCUCAACAGCAAGCCCAAGAUCCUUAUUGUUCCGCAACAGCAAGCAAAAGAUCCUUAUACACUGAACUUGCUCUCGUUACCUAAAACAUGCCAACUCCAAACCAUGAGAAUUUAUCUCCUACCACAGUUUGUUUCCAAGAAACCAAUAACUUAGAAUUUAUUAUUGAGAGGAGUCCUUAAUAUGGUCCUAAAGUUUGUAUACACCUUUAUCUUCUUUUUUUAUUAAUAUAUAGGUUUUUACACCUCCAGUUUCCGUAAAAAAAACAUGGAUCUCUUAUAGUUGUACUGUAUUUCACAGGACUUUGUGCCAACUACUUCUGCUCUAUGUAUGAGUAUAAUUAGGCUAUGCAUUCAUAAUUUUACCCUCCAAAAUGAAUUUGUUAGAUCUUUUUGUCCUUCCUUUUGUUAUUAAUAUGGUUCCAUCUAGCCUCUUAUAUUUUUUUUCAGAACAUGCAUCUUCAGAGUGAACCCUAAACCGUCAGAGCAUGAACCCUCGGAGUGAACCCAAAGGCGAGCUUGCUAGCCAUAGUGCAGACAUGACAGCCUCGUAAUCAAGAUCAAUGGGCAAUGCAGUUCUUAUUAGUUAGCUUUGGUUGCAGUGCAUGAGCACCCAGUUGGUCACACAUGGAAUGAUUCUCCAUGUCUGCUGGUUCAGCUCUGCAGUUGCAUCCGAUUCUCCAUGUCGGCUGGUUAAGCUGUGCAGUUGCAUCCACCUCCUUUGCUAUAUAAACAAGGAAGCUCAAGCCCGGAAGACACCAUUGCAGCCGCCUGUCUUUUAUCUUUCUUCUCUCCCGCUCCAAGAAGUUUCAGUGUUUCACAGCUUUCACCAAUUCCAAGGAUGGCUUGCCACCUGAGAUCUGCUAGCAUGCCUUCGAGCCCUCGCUCCAGCGAGACUUCUGUUGACGAACAGAUUCUGAGCCUGAAAGCAGCCAUCUCCCUGCCUUCAGCAACCAUCGAAACCAUGGUCGAUGGUCUGAGCAAGCUUGGGAGCAUCUAUCACCGCAUAGAUGCAGUCGCAUGCCUGCCUAGCAGCCAGAGGAAGGCAGUGGAGGAGGAGCUUGAGCGCUCUCUCGUCUUGCUCGACCUCUGCAGCGCCGUGCAAGAGAGCUUUGUGGAGCUCAAGGCCACUGUCCAGGAGAUGCAGUUGGCUCUCAAAAGAGGAGAUGAUGCGGCUCUCCAGACCAAGAUUCAGUGCUAUGCGCGCUUGGUCAAGAAGGCACAGAAGAUGUUCAAGAAGUUCAACAAGAAGACUGCUUCUGACAUCAAAGGAUGCAGGGUGAUCAACCUGGUUGCUGAAGCGAGGGAGAUUGCCUUGUCAAUCCUCAAAUCAACAUUGCAUCUCCUGUCGAAGCAAAUCGCGAUGCCAAGUUCUAGCAAGUGGUCGCUUGUCUCCAAGUCAUUCCAAAAGAAGACAAUCAUGUGCGAAGCGGAGCAGUUGCAAGGGUUGGAGCUGGACAUUGUUGAUCUUGACAGCAGAGUUGGGACACUGUUCAGGACAUUGAUCCAGAGCAGAGUGUCCCUUCUGAAUACUCUUAGCUUGUAGACAGAUCAUGCAACAACUCUGACCCCCUGCGAUUAGCAUCCGCCUUUUAGAGGAUUUGCUGAUAUACAAACAAUUUUGUGUGUACAUAUAUAUGAGAGAAUAUUUACAGAAAAUUACUCAAAUGAGAGGCAAAGUUUUUGGUGAA